AUGAGUUCAAACAAAAAAAUCGUCCCAAUUGAAAUCUCUGAAGAUGAAAAUGAAAUAAUUUUUACUGACAAUGAAGAAAUGGAGCCAACCUUUAAAAUUUCUGAUCAGUUUAUAUUUAUUAUAAAUCCUCAAUGUGAAAUGCGAAUUAAAGAAAUCAUUAAAUUAGAUUUAUGUCUCCCUCCUCCAGAAUACAUACAAUAUUCAAUAAGAGAAUUUAAAAAGUUACCAACUUUUAAUAAACCCGAUGAUAUAACUACUUAUGUCAGAAUACCUGAAUUUGGAAUAGCAGAAUUUAGUGAUUUAAAUAAAAUAAUGGGUAUAUACACAGCAAUAAAACUUCAACAAGAUCUCAAAAAUUUAAUUAAUUGGAUUAAUUCAACUUCAUUUUCUCAACCAAAAAUUUUACAAAACACAAUCAUUAAAAUCAAAAAAUUAUGUACUCCAUUUAGGAAUAAUCUAAAUGUGAAUGUAUAUGAUUUAUGUACUUUAGCAAAUCAAAAUUAUAUAAAUGAUUCAAUAAUUGAUUCAAUUUUUAGAAUUUUUACCCAUUAUUAUGAAAAAAAUCAUGAUUCAGAUAAUAAUUACAUUUUAGCAAAUAGCUAUUUUUAUAAAUUUUUAGAAACAAAACUUGAUAUAUUAACUAAUAGAGUUUAUUAUGGCGAUUCAUUGAAACAUAAUCCACCUAGAAAUUUAUUAUCUCUUUUAAAUCAUUUUUUUAUUCUCUACAACAUUAAAUUCAACCAAAUCAAUUUAAUCAAGGAUUUUCCAAAUCAGCAAUCCACCUUGGAUUGUGGAAUUAUAGUUAUCAAUUAUAUUGAAAAAGAAUUGGAAAUAAGAAGUUUAACUUGGAGUAGAGAUCAAUCAUCUAAUUUUAGACUAAGAUACUUGUGUUUAUUAACUGAUCACAUAAAUAAUCCAGGAGUUAUAAAUUUUCCUUCUGGUAUGGGAAAUUUAAUUAAUGAAAAAUUUCCACUUAAAUUAUAUUUAAAUUAUUUAAAUGAUAUUAAAGAAGAUGAUAAUUCUUUGUUAUGUUAUCCACUUUGGGCAAAAUCAAAAAUAGAAUUGGCUGAUUACGACAACAAUGAAAUUUGUGAUGAUUAUAAUUAUGAAAAUGAAAUUCAUGAUGAAAUGGAAAUUUGUCAUGAAAAUGAAAUUGAUUAUGAAAAUGAGAUUGGGAGUGAUUGUGAAUGUGAGACUGAUCACGGAAAUGAGAUUGAGAUUGAUCACAAAUAUGGGGCUAAUCAUGAAAAUAAGAUAGAGAUUGAGAUUGAUCAUGAAUAUGAGACUAAUCAUGAAAUUGAUAAUAAAAUCUUAGAUCAAGCUACAACACUUUCCUCUUCUAAUAGUUGGAAAUCACUGGAUGAUGCUGUAAAAUACAUAAAAAAUCAUGCCAGACAGAAUGGAUUUGAAGCUAGUAUUAUUUCUUCAAGGCCAACUGCCAAAUUUUUAAAGUGCCAUUAUUCUGGUACCAAGAGAAGUGGCAGGAAAAAUUUGGAUCCAAGCAAACAUGUUAACAAGCUUACAAAAAAAACCAAUUGCCAGUGGCAGAUCAAUAUCAAUUUUUCAAGAUUUCUAGGUGCUCAUGUAACCAAAUUUAUUGACAAACACAAUCAUGAAAUCACUGAUGAAGAUAAAUUUCUUUGCACUAACAAAUUGAUUGAGCCAAAAUUAAUUGAAGAAAUCAAAAUAUAUGCAAAGGAAAAAGUCACACCAGCUCAAAUUAAAAACAUACUUGCCAGAAAAUAUCAUGGAAUCCAAUUGAUUGACAAAAAGUUGGAUAACAUAAUUCAAUCCACCAAAAAAAUAAUGAAAUAUGAUGCUGCUGAUCUGUAUGAAAAAUUAAAUGAAAAUAAAAACAAAGAUCCUUUGUGGUUUGUAGAGGCUUCAGUUGAUAUUUAUACCAAUAGGCUUAAUAAACUUUUUUGGAUAAACCCUACACAAAAAAGAAACUGGAGUAAAUAUAAUGACAUUGCAAUUAUAGAUUCAACAUAUAAAACAAAUACGUAUAAUUUAAUAUUAUGUAUUGUUAUUGGAAUUAAUAAUGAAGGAAGAUCUGUAAUUUUCUGUCAAGCAUUGUUAGAUCAUGAGAAUGUUGAUUCAUUUAAUUGGUUUUUCAAUUGUAUGAAAAAUGGUUUUCUAGAAGCACCAGGUUUGAUUAUGAGUGAUCAUGAUCCUUCCUUGGAAUCAUCAAUUGAGAUAAAUUUUCCAGAAACAAAACAUUUUUUGUGCAUUUUUCAUAUAUAUAAUAAUUUGUAUAGAAAUCUGAAGCCAGUUCUGAAAAAAGAUUAUUAUAAUUUCAUACAGGACUUCAAAAGACUUGCUUUUUCAAUUUCAUCAGUUGCAUUUGAUAGAAUGUGGAAUCAACUUAUUCAAAAAUAUUUUGAUGGAAAUAAUGACAAUUACCUGAAUAAAUAUAUCUAUAAUUCCAAAGAAAAGUGGGGUUGGCCAUGGAGAUGCAGAGUAAUGAUGGCUGGUGUAAAAACAACAUCAAGAUUGGAAGGCCUGAAUGCUGUUAUAAAAAAACAGUUAAAUUCAAAAUCAAGCCUUAUUGAAACAUUUGAAACAAUUGAAAAUCAUAUUCAAAGAUCUGAAAAAAAGAAUAUAAACACCUGGUAUCCCACCAAAAAUAUAAAUCCAACCACCAUUAUAUUUGCAGCUUACAAAGAUAUUAUAAAAAAUACAGAAAAAUACUUAUCUGUUUUUUGUCAAUCCAGAAUUAAAAUCAAGAUAGUUUCUUCACAAUCAUAUCAUUUCUUGAUGUCUUCUCUUGAUGAAAUUUUAGGCACAAUUAAUGACAAUGAUAAUGAUAGUGAUAGUGAUAUUAUCAAUUUCAUAUCCACAUCUAUGAAAAACAUUACUGAUGAAAAUUAUAAUGAUGAAAAUAACAAUAUUACUGCUUCCACCUCCAACACCAUCCUCAAAGACACCACCAAUGAUGUUAAUUAUGAUAUCACUGAUCUUAGAAGUUUUUCUUUAAGGGAAUUACUUAUUUCAUCUAAUGUAGAGCCAUCUGAAGUAUGGGUGCUAAAACACUACUUUGGAUGUAGAAAACAAUAUGUAAUUGUUUUCAAUGAUGGUGCAUACUUAUGUACAUGCAUGCUUCUAUCUCAUGAAGGAAUAGUUUGCAGACAUUUUUUAGCAAUUUUACGUACAAGUCAAAUUGCUAAAUUCCACAUAAGUAUGGCAUCUAAAAGAUGUGAUCUUAUUAAAGUUCUAAAUUCCAAUCUACCAAUAACUCAAGAUAAAGUUGUUGAUACAAAAAAAAAUUAUAUCAAACUUUUAGAUAGCUUUAAAUCUAUAACUCAAAUAAUUGGUGAUGAUCCUGAUAAGUAUGAAGAGACAAAAAUCUUAUUUGAAGAAACUUACCACAAAUUAAAAAGAGAAAAAGAAGAAAAGGAAGAAAAGGAGAUAAUUGACAAUGAUGACAAUAAAAUAAAGAAUCCAAUUCCAACAAAAACUAAGGGCCAUCCUAAGAAAGGCUCCAAUUCUAAAAAAAAUAUUACAAAAACAAAUAAUUCAAAAAAAAAUUAA